UACUUUCGGUGUGCAUUAACUACAACUGCGUUUCCUUUCGUUUCAAGCUCUAGUACACUUCAAAUGAUUCCCUUUGAACAAUGUAGAUACAUGCCAAAUGAACUAACAAACAAACAGUCGCAGUCUUUUGAAGUUUGAUCUAAUGUCUUCAGUUUGGAAGGAGCGGCGUCGGAGGCCGAGCGGUCGCCAUGGCAACGCCCAGGUGAGGAACGCCAGGAGGAGUACGUGGUCUCUCGCUAUUCACUCAUUAAUUGUGCACGUUUUUCACCGAAGUCGGAUGACGUACGCUUUCCGGGGGAUCGCCAGUGCCCCCCAGAUGUACGAUAGUCGGUUAGCGUUCAUUCCUGGUGAGAGGAAAGGCAUUUUUGAGAGUGUUUGGGUGUUUCUGGAGGAGCUUUCCAGAGUCGACAUGUAGCAGGCCAAGGUCACCCUCGCUGUAACAAUAACAAAGCUGUAUCUGGCUUUGUAUUGACCGAAUAAGUCGGGCGAUGAGAAUAUGUAUGCGUUUAGUGAGUGCAAUGAUUUACGAAAACUGUCAUUUGUAAGACAUUUUCACUUGUUUCGACCUCUGAGGAAAGUGAGCAUAGCUUCCAUGGCGUUCAAAUCUCCCGAUUCCACUUUGGUGUUUGCAGACUGAAGUUUUGCCCCGAUGGAAUAAGCUUCUGGGCAUUCAGGAUUAUAUUGCAAUGGGCAUCAGAAUUCCUAAAUGUUUAUGAAAAUGAGUUGCCUGUGCAAUUUGGUGAUCCGAGUCGCCUCCUCCGUCAUGGCAUGGGUGCCCAGGGCACGGCUGUGCUGCCAGCCCGCCGGCCUGCUGUUCCUGUGUGUCAGUGUGGGCGUCUUUAUGGUGGUGAGAAUAUGGGAAAACCUCCUGCCAAUUGCCCCCCCGCCCCCCGCCCGCCCCUCAGCGCCAGCCCUCUCUACCCGUCUCGUCUCCCGCUCCUGGACCUGCAGGACUUCACCUACGUCAUCAACAACGACGUGUGCGGCCACGGCAGCGACGUGUUCGCCGUCGUCAUCGUGCACACGCACCCCGCCAACCGGGAGGUGCGAGACAUCAUGCGCGCCCAGAUCCCCCAGCAGGACCUGCAGGACGUGGGCGUGCGGCGCGUGUUCCUGCUGGCCCGCGCCGAGUGGCACGACCAGGAGCUGUACCAGCAGACGCCGCAGUCCGACAUCGACCGGGAGAACGUGCAGAGCCAGGACAUCGUGCAGGGCAACUUCAAGGAGCACUACCACAACCUGACGUACAAGCACGUGAUGGGGCUGCAGUGGGUGACGCGCUACUGCCCGCAGGCCAAGUACAUCAUCAAGAUGGACGACGACAUCGUGGUCGACCUGUACCAGUUCCGAGACCUGCUCAAGUACAGGUACCGCGAGAGGUCCAACCUGAUCCUGGGGCUGCUGCAGGUGGAGGCCCGGCCGGUGCGCAACAAGGAGAGCAAGUGGUACGUGAGCGAGAGGGAGUUCGCCGACGACUUCUACGCCCCCUUCAUGUCGGGCUGGGCGUACGCCAUGACCCUGGACGCCGCCCGACGCAUCGUGGCCGAGUCGUCCAAGGUGCCCUACUUCUGGAUCGACGACGUGCACGUGACGGGCACGCUGGCCGAGCGGACGGGCGUCAAGCGCGAGGGCCUCAACCGCUUCUACACGCUGCACGUCGACCACCUCUACUGCUGCAUCGAGCUGCCCGAGAGCGCCGAGUACCUGUGCGACUUCCUGGCGGGCCCCUCGGAGGGCGACACCACCGUCAUGACCAAGGUGCUGGGCCAUGCCAGGUCCUGCUACGUCAACACCUGCUACCGGAGGCCCCAGGAACAAAGCGUGUCCAAGAUGUGCGUGCGGACCAAGGUGCCUCCUCUGGCGCCGCUCGGGAAGGGGCGGGGCGAGAUCGUCAGGGUGUCCAGAUAACGAGGCAGCGAGGUCGAGCAGGCGCCCGGCCACGCCGCGGAGGCUAAGGGUUCAAGGGGAGUUCAGUUCUCGGUGACUGUAACCAGUCUUUAAACAAUGUAGGCCUACAAGAAAAUUCUGUCUCUCUCUCUUCUCUUCUCUUCUCUUCUUCUCUUUCUCUUCUCUUUCCUCUCCCUCUUGCUCUUUCUUUGUCUCUUCUCUUUCCUCUCACUCUUGCUCUUUCUUUGUCUCUUCUCA